UCAUACGGCUCAGCACCGCAGUCCAUCUGUUUAUAUUUUUUCCUUCUCUUUUUCUUCUCUUUCUCUUCCUUUUUUCCUUUCCUUCUUUCCUUUUUCUUCCUCCUCCUAAAUUUAUGUAGGUAGAUCCUCGUGGAGCAGAUGGCGGCCGUAGCCGUGGUUGCUUUUUUGCCACUGCUGCGGAGAGGGAGAAAAGAAAAGAGAAGAAAAACAGAAAAGGAAAAAGAAAAGAAAAACAGAAAAGGAAAAAGAAAAGAAAAGCAUGAGGAAGAAAAGCAAGAGGAAGAGGAAGAAACACUACUCUUCACGGCGCUGGGAAGGAGGGGGGGGAGGGGGGGACCGGAUGGGAUCUGGAAAUCCACCAACAUCCACAUCAACGCUCACGGCGCAAGAGGGCAAGCAAGCAGGCAAGCAAGCGCACGCACGGUGAAAAAGUCUAUCCCACGUCUACAUACAUCCACAUCCACAUCCACAUCCACAUUGCAUCCACAUCUAUCCACAUCCCCUCGGUGCGUUGCAUGCAUACCUCCCCACCCACCCACCUCCCCACCUCACCACGUACCCACUACAUACCCACCUACACACACGGCAGCACAGUUUCGCGCCGGUGGAGUAUCUUCACGAGCCGCAAGUCGCUCCUCCAUCUCCAGAGUCACGAAGGCAUGGAUGGGAUGGGGGUGGGAUGGGGGUCGCCCGCGCGGUGUGUGGGGUUAUUUUGCGGGGUACUGCGGGUGUCGUGAAAAUCGCGCCAUGCAGGGGCGACGGGGCGACGGGGCGUGCGUGUGUGGCGGGCGAACGGCGCGCGCGCGGGGCGUGGGCGUGGGUUUGGGCGUAGGAGUGGGAGGGAGUGGGCGUGGGGCGGAAGGGAAGGGAAGGGAAGGGAAGAAGGGAAGGGGUGAGAGAACGUGAUCAGACGUAUACCAUACAUACCCAGAACCGUACAUAAUACGGUAGGUAGAGUAUGUAGAGUCUGCGCCUACCCCCCACCC